AUGAGAUGCCAAUCCGUGUUCCAGAGAAUGAGUUUUAACGGCUCUGACAUCUCAGUAGAAGAAGUAAAAAGCGAAAUACUAAAGAAGAACCGAUUUGGUAAAAGCAACGAUUUUGAACUUCAAUUAAUCAACGCCGAUACGGGAAAAGUGUUUGGGGAUGAUAAAGCAAUGAUUUUGAAAAAUACCAGUGUGUUGUAUGCAAGGAUACCGAGAGUUCUGAAGAAACGAACACCAAAAACUUGUAACAAAAACAAAGUUCCUCAAAACAAAACUGAUUCAAAUAAAUACGUAAAUCCAGAUUUUUCUUUGUUGAAAAACGAUGCAGAGAAGAUUGAUGCGAUGAUGCACCAAAGCACAGUAGAUUACAAUGCUGUGAAUUACCCAACUGAGGUAGUAAACAAAAAGAUGCCUCAACAUUACGUUUGCCGUAAAUGUCAUAUACCAGGACAUUAUAUUGGAGAUUGUCCUUUAGGUGAAAACAGAAUGCCGAUUAAAAGAAGUUCGGGGAUUCCUAGAACGUUUAUGGAACCCGUGACAGGUCCUGAAGUUGAAGGCGCUAUGCUCAUGGGCGAUGGAUCUUUCGCAAGAAGACGUAAUGGUGCUCCAACCCGCACGGAUCAAAAUGUCCGUGCACAAAGAAUUGCUGCAGUUAAACCAUACUAA